AUGAUCUCCCAACUUGGUGCUGCGUGGCUCUUAGGGCAUACUGUCCCUGGUGCUCUGGCGCUGUCUUUCAGUGUGCCUGCGACCCCACCGGAGAAUGCCAGUAAACAACUGUCUGCCGCACCAGUUGGUGUUUCACUUGAGUUCUUCACUUUCCCCGGGUACAUGAACGAUGUUGCGGCGACCACGACGUGUCUUGAGAACCUCAAAGACUUGAGUGGGACAUGGCCGCCCAUGAGAAUUGGCGGGACUACCCAAGACCGAGCAACGUAUGAUGCCUCCUCUCCGGAUGCCGUCACCUACUCCGUCGAUGAUCCUGCUGAUGCGCCGGAAACCCUGACAUUCGGUCCCUCGUUUAUGACCCUGGCUUCAGAGUAUGCUGGGAGUGUUGUUCUGGGCCUCAAUCGCCGACUCAAUAAUAUCGAAAACACUAUCAGUGCUGCGAGCCUAGCCGUGAGCGAGAUGGGCAAUUUAAACGCCAUCGAGCUGGGGAAUGAACCAAACUUCUUCGGUGAUAGCGACCCCAUCGCCAAUGGCGCAUCCUGGACCGCAGAAGCAGACUACGCCUCGCAAGUUCAAUGGCAGGACGCAGUGUGCGGGAACCUUUCCGCCACCGAAAUAAUAUCGGCUGGUGUAUACUUUGGGACAUCGCCGAUGAGCAUCCAAGAACUGAUCCAGGAGGAGGGAGACGCGAAUAGCUACGUGAAGGAUUACUGCUCGCAUAACUAUCCGCAGUCGUCGCCAAAUUAUGAUCUCGCUGCGUUGAUGAGCCAUAGUGGGAUUGCGUCGCAGAUCGCGCCUUUUGCUGGUGAAGUUGCUGCUGCCGCGGAGGCUGGGAAACCCCAUGUUUUUGGGGAGACUAAUUCUGCUACGCAAGGAGGCGGCGGCAUCAGCCCGACAUUUGGAGCGGCGUUGUGGAUCGUGGACUAUGUGAUGCAACUAGUAACCAUGGGCACUGAUGCAAUUUACUUCCACCAAGGAACGAUCGGAAACUGCCAGUACUGCUGGUGGGGACGAUACACGACCGGAGCCCCAUACUACGGAGCAUACUUCGCAACAAUGGCCCUGGCGAACGCAGACAAAAUCGCGCCCUUGGACGACCAAUCUACCGCAUACGCCGCAUACGCCAUCUACGAGAAUGACAGUCCGGUGCGUGUGCUGCUGUAUAACUCGGACUACUACAGCACCGGCACGCGCCCGUCAGAGACCUUUACGCUGUCCGGUUUAAGUGCGUCUACUGUUACUGCCAAACGACUGACAGGCGCGUAUUCAACCUCUCGAGUGGAUGAAGGAGAGAGCCCCACUGUUGCUGGCCAGACGUUUGGAAACGGGGAUUGUACUGUCCAGGGAACGGAGAGUGUUGAGACCGCGACAGUUUCUGGGGGAGAAGCGACUUUCACCGUCGGUGCUUCUGAGGCGCUGUUGACAAUCAACGAGCUCCAGGCCAACUGGGUCUGGGUCCCUAACUGGGUUGAUUCGUCCUCGUUAAAUACGGCUGGUCGGAUUGUUCGGUUUAAGCGACAGUUUCCACUAUCUACUCGACCUAAGCAAGCGUUAUUACAUUUCUCCGCCGAUACACGAUAUAAGCUGUUUGUCAAUGGAGAGCGCGUGGCGGUUGGGCCCACGCGGGGCAGUCCGUGGAUCUGGUACUACGAUACCCUCGACAUUGCGCCGUAUCUGCGAGAAGGAAACAAUGCUAUACAGUUUGAUGUGAUACGCUAUUUUGCAGCUGUCCGUGGUGCGAUGCCUUUUCAAAGGACGGCACUCCCGGGUCUGACGGUCAUCGGGAGUGUUGAGACUGCGAACGAGACCCUGGAGAUCAACACUGCCAGCGAGUGGGAGGCACAGAUUGACGACAGUAUUCAGUUCCCGAUGGGAUUGGUGGAUGAUCCGUUUCUACAUAUUAACGAGCGUAUCUCUCCGACUGCCCUCUCUCCGCCAGUACAGCCAAUAGUAUACGGUAUCAAGACUCUAAAUGGUGAACUGGCGCCCUGGAGACUGCGACCACGGCCUAUUCCUAUGCAUGAGGAGGGAAAAGUCGCUGUUAAUACCGUUCGUGAUUGUCAGAGCAGACUUCCUGCAGAACAGUGGGCGGCCAGCCUGGCAGAGGGGAAAGCAAUCGAUCUCCCUGAGAAUUCAUCCCAUACACUGGAAAUGCAGGCAGACGUUCAUUCAACUGCAUUUCUACGGUGGACCUUUGAAGCAGCAAAGUCAUCAUCUGUCCGUCUCAAAGUUACAUACUCUGAAGGGUAUGAGCUGGAUCCGCGUGCAUAUCCCUUCUUCCGUACCAAAGCAGACCGACUCGAUGCUACGAAUGGACAUCUUAUCGGUCCAUUCGACGAGGUACACUUGGAGGUGUCUGGCGCGAAGCCACUUAUAUACGAGCCAUUCUGGUUUCGCACAUUCCGUUUACUGCGAAUGGAGAUCACAGUCGGAUCCGAACCAGUGAGCCUUACCGGCUUCGAAGCGACGCAAGUAAACUAUCCUCUCGCAGUAAAAGCGAGCUGGGACAAUCCAGGAGACCCCGAUGGUAGUGCCAUAUGGGAUGUCUCGAUCCGCACCCUGCGCAACUGCAUGUUCGAUGGGUAUUCCGACUGUCCAUUCUACGAGCAGCUUCAAUAUUCCGGUGACUCCCGCUCAGUCGGCCUCUUCCACUACCUGCUCUCCGGCGACGACCUUCUCAUGCGACAAGCAAUCACCAACUACGCAGCGUCGAUUACAUUCGAAGGCCUCACGCAGUCACGAUUCCCAUCGCAUGUUCCGCAAAUUGUCGCCGGGUUCUCCCUCUACUGGAUCCUGCAGGUAUGCGAUCACCAUCUAUACUUUGGCGAUACGGCUUUCACGCGCUCGUUUCUUCCCCGCGUGGACGGUGUACUUGAAUUCUUCAAUGCGCAUAUCGACGACCUCGGGCUUGUAAGUGGUCUUCCGGAAGAUGUCUGGCAAUAUGUGGAUUGGGUUACGACGUGGGGUGCAACAGACGAGCAUCCUGACAAGGGCGUCCCGACGUCCGGGAGGAAGUCGAAUCGACAUACAUACUUUAGUCUCCUGUAUGCGUUCGUCCUACAGAAAGCAGCGCAACUAGUCCGGGAUGUAGGACGGCCAGGGUACGCAGAGGAGUACGAGUCUCGCGCAGCUUCACUACAGGAGGCUGCCCGGAAACAUUGCUACGACGGGCAGUUCUUCACGGAUUCGACGACCGAUAUUGCCGGAGAUGAUUCAUACUCGCAGCACUGCCAGGUAUUUGCAAUCAUUUCCGGUACUGCAGCUCCAGAAGACCGCGCUCGGCUCUUGAGAGAAUCAUUUGCGGAUCCUAAGUUCUCUAAGUGCUCAUAUAUGAUGCGCUUCUAUGCGCUGCGUGCAUUCAGUAUAGCUGGAGACGAAGUAUACGAGGGGUUCUGGGAUCAGGCAUUCCAGCCGUAUAGGAAGAUGCUUGCACAGAACCUGUCGACGUGGGAAGAGGAUGAUGUGAGGCAGCGCUCGGAUUGCCAUGCAUGGGGGAGCGUUCCUAUCUAUGAAUACUGUGUGGAGUUGGCUGGUAUUCAGCCUACUUCUGCUGGAUGCAAGAAGGUGCUCUUCAAGCCAAGACUUGACCUUAGCGAUGCUUUAAAUGCUAGGGUUGCCCUUGGUAGUGAUAACAUUGCCAGUAUCUCCUGGACUACAAGGAAUUCCGGAGAGAAGGAUGUAUAUUUGAAGUUGAGCAAGGCGGUUGAGGUUGUCAGUCAACUCCCAGGGCGACACCAGGUUGAGCACGGUCUCAUUGACAGCCUCUGCCUGGUGUUUGAGUAA